CUGCUCCCCGCCACUUCUCGGUUAUCGCAGCCCGCAUAACAGCUGAGUCGCUUAGCGACCGCUGACUUGUUUAAUCGGUAUAAAAACAUCGCGUCUGUGUUUAAAAUUUAAUUAAAAAUAAAAUAGGCCGCAAGCGAAUCUUCUCUUGCAUUAAAUAAUUUUUUAAAUUCGCACCAUAGAUUUGUCAGCGCGUUCUAAUUUUUAAAUUCAGUGAGCGGGAACUUCUUUUUUAAAUGUCAAACGGUCUUAUUUAUUUUUGUGUCAAAUUUUGUUACGAUGUUGGACUGCACAAAAAUCACAUGUCAAUAAUUAUUUAAGUUUUGUUAAUGUUUACAUUUUUAGGACAGUGUUUUUAAGAUAAAUUUGAUUGGACAUCAUUCGCAAUAAGUUUGCAACAAGUCUUCCAUAGUUUUAUUGAUAAACUUUGUGUCAAAAAUGGAGAAGAACGGAGGAUCUCGACUUCUUCAAAUGCAGGCCCGUUUCCAACAGAAGCAACUUCAAGAGCGGGAGAUGAAGAUAGCGUCUCUAUAUGAGGCGCAGCAGGCCAGGGCAUUGGAGAGAGUGAGACAUUCCCCCAGCAACGGGAUCAGCUCGUCCCCCCCACACCCUCAGCCCCCUGGCAAGGAUCGAGAACAGAAGAUAGCAUCAUUGUACGAGACGCAGCAGACGCGGGCACUGGACCGGAUCAGGCAUUCACCAGGCCACGGAACGGACUCCCGUGAAAUUGUGUCUCGUCAACCGGGGAAGGUCCGGCAAAUGUUCGAGGAGCGUCGAACCAAGGGCAUAGACAAGAGCUACCCACUCCAGCCGAUACACAACACAGAACGGACGCGCAAGCCAAUUCCAAACGGCUUCUCUAAGGUUUCCACCACGACUAGGGUCACGGAGAGGAGAACUGUCAAGAACCAUGUCGCCAACUCGCAUAUAGUUAAGAAACAGCAUAAAAUAGAAAAUAUGGUGAACGGAUCCGGCGAUGUCAACCACAAUCACGAAGCGGAUCUAAACACUAUGAAAAAUUCCAUGCCUCACAGCAACGGCGAGGUGGUGCACAGUAUAGACGAGCUAGACAGAGACAACAACUAUCUGAUAGAGGACGAGACGUUCCCGGACGCUCUCGCUCCCACACCCACUCCCAGGUCUCCAGACCCUCAGCCUCCUGUCAGACCUCAGAGAAGGAGUCCUGUACCGAAAACAAGCCCAAUAAAAUCCAAGCCUCAAACAGUCACACCUCCGAGGAAAGCAGCCAGUGAAAAUGCGGUAACGGAUAUUAAGGCCCGGGGGGCCAUGCAGAGGGGGCCUUCUAACCCUGUGGUAACAAGAAGGCAAACAGUGCAAAAACCCGGUUCAGGGUCGAAGCGCUGUAACACGUCGACGAGCAGCGAAGCGGGCGCGGGCGGCGCGGGCGAGCCGUGCGCGGUGUGCGGCCGCCGGUUCGCGCCCGACCGGCUGCAGAAGCACCAGGAGAUCUGCAAGAAGGCCAACAACAAGAAACGGAAGCCGUUUGACGCCUUGAAGCAUAGGCUAGCGGGCACCGAAGCGGAAAAUUAUAAGGGCACAGAGGCGGAGCCGUUUAUAAACAAGCUGCGCAAGGGCGCCACGACCUCGCAGACGAAGGUCAAGCCGCUGAACAAUAACUGGCGACAGAAACACGAGGAGUUUAUCAACGCCAUCCGCGCUGCCAAGCAGGUGCAGCAGCAUCUUGACGCUGGAGGCAAGCUGAGCGACCUGCCGCCGCCGCCGCCGUCGGAGAACCCCGACUACGUGCAGUGCCCGCACUGCAGCCGCCGCUUCAACCAGGCGGCCGCGGAGCGCCACAUCCCCAAGUGCGCCAGCUACCAGUUCAACAAGCCCAAGCCCGCCGCCAAGCGCCGGUAACCGCUUCCCGUACAUCUAGCCCCACGACCUCAGCAUGGCGAACAACCGAUACCUCUACCACCCUUCUGCUAAAACCUGGCGCAGUAGUUGGACCGAAUCCCUGACGCAAAUAAUCUUCACCUACGCACUCUUCUUUGUAGUGAAAUCUUUCUAUGAACUAGUGUGCCCGAACAUACGGAACACGUGACAUGGAUAUCAGGCUUCGUAAUACGUACUCGAAGCCGGUGUUCGGCAUUAUUGAUUUUAUAUUCAGGUUGGGAGUCGCCAUCACCGUGUACUACACAGCUUGGAUGAUCUUGUCCUUUGUCCAUGACUGUAAUGGUGCCCCCAAAGUGCACAGGUUUAUACAUCCCCUGUUGACCACCCCGCUCGAUUCUGUCAGCGACGAGAAUUUGCUAAAGAAGAGGUGAUCGACAUUCUGUCUGUUUGUAGCCGCCUGGUUUUGAUAUAUCGCCUUGAAUUUCGGGACCCAAUCGAAAAUCUUGUUGUAAUUAGAAAUGUUACGAGUGAUGUUGAAAGUGUUGCAGAUAUUUUUAAUAUCGACUAUUUUGAAAAAGCUUAUACUAUCGAGUCAAUAUCUGAAUCAUUUGUAAUCCAUCUUACGUUUUGUGUAAAAAUUGAAAUGAAAAUAUCUGCAACUUUGAUCUUAUUGCGACAAUAUAUUAAUGUUAACGUAAUUCAGAUUAUCGUAAGCUCUGUAACUAUCGUCAAUUUUAUAUCUUGUUACGUCAAAUAUUUCUAAAUUUCAGAGAAUUAAAAUGUAUGGAGAGUAUAAAAUUGAAAAUUUAACGCUUUACUGUAAUGGAGACAGAAAUCUAUAUUUUACACUAAUUUUGUUAACAAAUAAUCUGCAGAAGUUUGAUAUUACUCGAUUAUUAAAUGUACUUUAUUUUGUA